AUGUGGACAAAGCUUAGUGAUAGAUUUGCAGAAUGCACCGAUAGAAAGAGGCUUGCUAAAUCUAAGAAAGAAAAAGAGAAAAAAGAAAUUUUAGAGACUUUUUGCAAAGUUGAGGUAAAUGUUUCUUUACUUGAUGUUAUUAAGCAAGUGACUAAAUAUGUGAAAUUUUUGAAGGAGCUUUGUACCAAAAAGAACAAGCUAUCCGAGAAUGAAAAGGUUAUGUGUGAUCUUGGAGUUUCAAUUAAAGUCAUGCCUUUAUCCAUUUAUAAUUCAUUGAAUGAUGGUCCCUUAAAGAAAACAAGUGUUGUCAUCCAACUUGCUGAUAGGUAUAUCAUUUAUCCUGAUGGUGUUUUGGAAGAUGAACUAGUCCAAGUUGAUGGUGAUGUAACUAAUGGUGAUAGUAUUGAUGUUCUUGAUACUUUAAGUCAAAAUGCUUUUGAGUUGAGUCAUGAUGACAAGCUAAAUAUUGUUUUAUAUAGAACUCCAGCCACGGGCAGUUUGGAGGGUUAG